ACGUCUCCGGCAGCCCUCUAGACGACAAAAUUGAAGGCACCUAGUGGGGCUCGUCUGGUCCGAACUGCUCAUCCCGCUUGACAUCUCGUGACUCUACGGGUCACCCAGUGCCGUUACGGUAUUUUUCGGCUUACAGCAAGCCAUGGCCGCAAGGGGAAAGCUCAUUGCUAUUAUAGGGGAUGAGGACACCUGUGUUGGAUUUCUUCUCGGAGGAAUUGGGGAGAUCAACAAGCAACGACAGCCGAACUUCAAAGUAGUUGAUAAGAAUACAAGUGUAUCAGAAAUAGAAGAAUGCUUCAAAAGUUUCGUCAAGCGCGGAGAUGUGGAUAUUAUACUCAUAAAUCAAAACAUAGCUGAAAUGAUCAGGCAUGCGAUUGACUCCCACACACUGUCCAUACCAGCAGUUCUGGAAAUUCCAUCCAAAGAUCAACCCUACGACCCAAACAAGGACUCCAUCCUUAGGCGAGCAAAGGGGAUGUUUACAACUGAAGAUUACAAGUAGCAGUCUCUCUUUUUUUUUUCUGUGCUUUCUUGUAAUCAAGAAAUGCCUCUCCAUUCCAAAAAAUCAGCCCUGUAGGGAUUUGUUGUGUCGUUGUAAGUGUUGUGUGUAUUAAAGUCUAACAGAGUGAC